AGGAGGAGCGAAACAAUGCUGCGGAAUAUUUUAUCAGAAAUCAGGACUCUCGGGACUCUUCUUCUCCUGCUGUGCUGUUUACUGUGUGCGGCUGGAGACGAGACGGUCACACUGCAGGAAGUGGAAGGAACCACUAUAACUCUCCAUACUGGGAUAACUGGAAUUCAGAGUGAUGCUCAGAUUCUGUGGCUUUAUGGACCUGAGAAAGCAGAGGAAAAGAUAUUGAACAGUCAGGUGUUUAAAGGAGAAACUGUUACAGAAAUCAGUGAGAGAUUUAAAGAGCGACUGCAGCUGGACAGAAUCAGUGGAGCUUUAACCAUCAGGAACAUCAGCAGAAACCAUUCUGGAGUUUAUUUAUUACACGUCAUCACUGGACGCGCCUCGUCUAGGACUUUCAGUGUCAGAGUUUAUGCUCCAGUAUCGACUCCAGUAAUAAUAAAAAGAGAAAAUCAAAGUGUGGUUUCCACAGAGGCGUGUUCCCCCCUGUGCACUGUGGAGAAUGGAGAAGAUGUGACGUUAUCCUGGUACAGAGAGAACGAGAGAAUCUCCAUCACCAAUAACACAGAUCUCAGUGUUCCCCUCAAUCUCUCACUUCAAAUACAACACCAUGAUAAUAACACCAACACUUAUAUCUGUGUGUCUGCAAACCCUGUCAGUAAUAAAUCAUCUUCUCUCAACAUCGCACAGCUCUGUGAUCAUCACUCAGGACAAACUGAUCGUUCCCGUUCACUGCUUCCUGUCCUGAUAUCUGCUGGAGUUUUCCUGUUAUUAAUAAUAUCCAUACCUGUGUGCGUUUGGCCAAAAAGAAAAAACAACAAGCUUCUAAUAAAACUUGAGGAACUGACUUACACUGAGGUGAAAUUUACAGCUCCCAGUGCAGAGGGAGUUAAAAAGGAAGAAAACCCCAGAACAACGGACGAUCGAGAGCAGAACACCUUCGUGCUGUAUUCAGGGGUGUAGAGGCUCUCGUAAUUUUUUAUCUUGAAUAGUUGAAUUAAUUUAGUCAGAAAUGGACUCUGUGAUAUGUAAGCCUCUUCCAUGUUUAUAACAUGUAGACAUUAGGGAGUUUGAUAUUAGAGGAAGAAGAUUUCAGACUCUAUUGACUGAUUCCUGUCUGAGCUAAUAUUGUUGGUGGUUAAAAUAAUCAAAUAAAAAAUGCUUCUUUAUAUUCACAUUAUCAUUUG